AAACCUAAAACAUAUUAACAAACAAAAAAAAAAGAAAGUAAAAGGUGUUCGAAACAAAGAAUAAACCUGAACCAAAUCAUAAGUUAAAGCCGUUGGAGAGAGAUAGUUUGAGUGACUGUGUCUGUUUCUGAAUAUUUGCGAUGUGGUUAAAGACAAUAGCAACCUCUCCUAUUUCCGGAAUCGCUCUUUUCGUCCUCUUCAUCGCCCUUCUUCUCAGAUUCUCAAUCAACUUUCCCACUUCACACUCAAAGAGAUUGUUCAGUUCGGAAGAGCUUUCAUUGUUCAAUGGAACUGAUCAAGGGUUGCCAAUCCUUUUAGGAAUUCUUGGAUCUGUUUUUGAUGUUACAAAGGGAAAAUCACAUUAUGGUUCUGGAGGAGGAUACAAUCACUUUGCUGGAAGGGAUGCUUCUCGCGCUUUUGUCUCCGGAAAUUUCACAGGAGAUGGCCUCACCGACUCAUUGCGCAAUCUAUCUAGCACCGAGGUCAAGAGUGUUGUUGACUGGAGGGAUUUCUACAUAAGAUCUUACACGUAUGUUGGUAAGUUAGUUGGUCGAUAUUACGAUAGCCAAGGGAAUCCUACAAAAUAUUUGAAAGGCGUUGAAGCAAAGGCUGCGAGAGGUGCUCAGCUUCUAGAAAAACAGAAGAUUGAAGAGGCUAAACAACCUUCAUGCAGUUCGAGAUGGAGUCAAGACGAGGGUGGUCAGGUAUGGUGUGAUGUUGGCUACCCGAGGUUGAUUCAGAGACCGAUAGAAAUGGCUUUGACCGGGAAGGUGAGUAAGCGCUGCGCUUGCUUUGAAGAGUCUCAGUUAGGCCAAUCUGGUUUAGAAGUAUACGAAGGAUGCGACUACCAUGCCAACAGGUGCAAAGCUUAGUCAGAAAUGUAACACCAAUAGGAGAAUACUUUUCGUCAGGUAAACACGCGUUUUUGAAUAUGUAUUUUAAAGCUUAAUUUAAUGAAGCGUAUACUUGCACGAACAAAGUCUUCUACUUUUGUAAUUGGGUUAUCAAAUAUCAACUCAGAUCUUGAAUUGUGAAACCGAAUUUUGAAAUGCCAAUAGCGAAUAUUAUUUAUUUCAAAAGUA